ACAGGCAACAAAAUGGAUCCUUCUUCUACCAACUCCGUCAAUGGCUUCUACUCCUUUCUCACCCGCGGGAUCGAUGAUCUCGAGCGCGUUUACCUCUCCAAUAACUUCAUGUCAAUCCAAUUCCUUCAAAGGGUACUUUCGCUUCUCCGAUCCUUCCACUCCCAGCUCACCCUUCUCGUCCAGAAGCUCCAUUUGCCGGUGGGUGAGAAGUGGCUCGAUGAGUACAUGGACGAGAGCUCCAAGCUCUGGGAAGUCUGCCAUGUUCUCAAGUCUGGGAUAUCCGGGAUGGAAAACUACUACUCUGCCGGCCUCAAUAUAACCUCUUCUCUUGACAGCCAUCGCCAUCUAAGCCCACAAGUCUCACGACAGGUCAUUCGCACAAUCUCUGGGUGUCGCCGGGAAGCUCUGGGAUUGGAGGAGGAGAACAGGGGCUUAAUGGAGACGAGAAUCCAACCGCUAUCGCUGCGGUUCGACGAGAAGGUCUCAAUCGAGUCGAAGCUCAACGGCUUCAACGGCUUCAGGGGAGUCCUGUAUGCAAUGAGGAACGUGAGCUCGCUGCUGCUCAUGAUGUUGCUCUGCGGAUUGGUCUACUGCUGGCCAGAGUCAAACUUUCUUAUGGGAGGCUACGAGGGGUGUUUGCUAUUCGGAUCGGGGUUCAUGAUAUCGACGGCGAGGCUGCAGCAGAGGGUGGCGGCGGAGAUCAACGAGAUGGGCGGAAGGCCGGGGAUUCUGCUGUACGAGUUCCGGCGGUCAAAGGUGGCGAUGGAGGAGCUGAGAGGCGAGUUGGAGAGGAGGAAUGGGUCGCCGGCGGGAGUGGUGGCAGACUGGGAGAGCGAGGUUGGCAUCAGGGAGAGAGUCGACAACUUGAGAGGAUGCUUUGGAGUGUUGAGAUCUGGUGCCGAGAACAUUGUUGGGCAGCUUGAUGAUUUCUUUGAUGAAAUUGUUGAAGGAAGGAAGAAGCUUUUGGACUUCUGCAGUCAUAGGUAGACAGAGAUAGGGAUGCUAGAAAUAUCAAAUAUGGUUGGAUAGUCCAAAAAAAAAAAAAAAAAAGAAAAAAGAAUAUUACAAGUAGAGAGGAAUCAGUUGUUGGG